CCAGAUGAGAGACACAUGGUGUACGAGUCUCCAACAGAUGAGAGACACAUGGUGUACAAAGCUCCAACAGAUGAGAGACACAUGGUGUACAAAGCUCCAACAGAUGAGAGACACAUGGUGUACGAGUCUCCAACAGAUGAGAGACACAUGGUGUACGAGUCUCCAACAGAUGAGAAAGACAAUGUACAAGAUUCUCUAGCAGAUGGUGAGAGACAAAGGGACAUUAUAGAGGAGUGUGAGAGAGAGGAUACAACAAGUACCUCACAACACAGAGGAGAGUUGCUGGUAAACAGUGAUGCAUGUAGACAUUACCAGGACCACUAUGAUCAAUCUGUAGAUGGUGCCGUUGUGUCACAACUAAUCAUUGCAAAUGGAGACGUUCGUGGUUGUCCUCAAAUUAGCGGCUCAAAUGAUUUUUCUCAGAAUCUGCCACAAAAACGUUUACUAAGCAACGUGACACAGAUUGGAAAAUGUCCAAAGAAAAUGAAGGGAACAGCCGAGGUUGUUGGUGUUGAAGUCCAAAAUUUGGUAGGAUCUGUUCACCAAGGUGAACAAGAUGUCCAUACACAUAUAAAUGAUGAGCAAAUAACUGAUUAUUCUGGCGGAUAUAGUGGCUGUAAUGGGCAGCUUUCUACUCCAGGUACAAGUAUUGUCAUACACAGUCAAGUAUCCCAGAAAUUUUUGAGUAAUAUAAAUGCUAAAUGCUGUAUAAGGGAAGGUGUUAGUGACCCAACAUAUGAAAAUCCUAUACCAGGUACAAGUAAGACUCCUGAACUAGGAAGAGACUUGGACUUUAACCUCACAGAUGGAGUAGCAUACUGUCACUAUGAAAAACAUGGUGGACUUAUCAAUGUUCCAGCUGUAAAUUUUAUAAACACUGCUUGUAUAAACAAAGAUAAUGAACCCAAUAAUUUUGAAGGGUUCCACACUGAGCCGAAUGAGAAGGUUCUCGCUCUGAAGCAGUUCCUGAUUAGUUCACACAUUCAGGGUGGAGGCAGUGAACUUAACUCACCAACAUACAGCAAAACAAAAGAUGGAGGGAAAUAUGAUUGGGGUAAAAAUAGUGAGAGUGUUAUGGAAAGAGGCAAAGGAAAUCAAGGAAGAAAGAAUGUGACGAGAAGAAGAAAGCAAAGAGAAAUGAAUGUGAAAGGGGAAGGAAAACAUGGAAGUGAAGGAAUGGAAGGCAAUAAAAGUGAGGGAAAAAGUAAAGGAGGAAAGGACACAAGGAAUACAACAAAGAAGAGAAAAUGGACUAAAAGAGUGGAGAGAAAGGAGAUGCAAAAUACAAUCCUCGAUAAAGCUGUGACAGACAAGAAAAAUGAGACACGAUUAGUAGAACAAGUUGAGAGCAGAAGCAGUAGUAACACACAGAUAAGAUCCCAAACUUCAUGGAGAAACUUAAAUUCAGAGCCAAUGUUGGAGGAGCCGUCUGACAGCCAUUGUGAAGAGGUCAAUAGAUGUGAGAUUAAAGUAAAUGAUGAUGAUAAGUCUCUAUGGGGUAGAUCAUCAACUAGUGCAAAUUAUUCAGGUAAGAAAAGGAAAAUAGUAGAUGUGAACAGAGAUUCAACCAUAGGUAUAGGUAAUAGUGGUGAUGAACCGACCGACGAGACCGAAGUGCAAAGAGCCGUUCUGGUGACUGCUCAUUAUGCCGAAAUUUCUUUGGAAAAUAUAACGGACAAACACUUGAGAAAUGGAAAACAAGUUGUGAAGCUAGAGAAGAAAGUGACAAGGAGAAGAAGAAAAGCUAAGAAGAAAAUGGUGAAAUGUGAUGCACAUAAAGCUGGUGGUAUGAAGAAGGAAGAGGAGAAGCAGCCACUGGUGCAGGAGAAGGACUUCAUUGCACCUUAUAGAUUACUUUUUGACAGCGACAGUGAUGAACUUCCUGACCUGAAUGAGUUACCAGUGCAUACAGGAAAGACUGAAUAUGACUUCAAGACUGGUGACCUUGUAUGGUCACUUGAGAGAGAUACUUGGUGGCCUUCAUGCAUUCAGCAGAUCAACCCUUACAUAAAAAGACCAUUGAUGUACUUCAUUGGCCGCAAACAAGACACUGUUGUUAAAGUUAAAGUAGAAGACAUCAGACCUUAUAAGUAUGGUGAAGUGCCAUCGUAUGUGGACCAGAACAAGAGUGGCUUUAGUGUAGCUCUCCAUCUUACUGAGUCUUACUGUCAAUUACAAAAGCAUGGCAACACCAUUUCAAUUGAAGACUUCUGCAACAUGCCUCCUGAAGAGCAAGAUGCUUUAGUCAUUGUAAGUUUGACCCCAAAAGAUGACCAUAUGAUGACCCCACAGAAUAGGAAAAAGAAACCAGAGGAAGACGGAACAAAGAAGAGAGCAAAAAAGUCGAAAAAGAAAUGGUCUUAUGAGUUAGUGAACCAAAAAACUGAAAUGAACUCAUAUCAGUUGGUCAAUGAAGAGUUUACUCUCACACCAAGAGAGAAGAUAAAGUUUCAAAGUGCCAUGAAAGUGAGAAAAAGAGAAAAUGAAAAAUUACUGAAAUUCAUAACGUCAUCGGCCUGCAUGGAACAUCUAUGGCAAAUAUUUAACGGUGAGAAACCUUGUGAACGACACGAGGCGUACCAGGACAUGUUCUCAAGACGAGGACUUCUGUGUACAGGAAUUGGACCUUUUCAGUUAGACCAUGAUGAUGAACAGAUUUUGUUUGUGGUUGAUUUCCUGUGCACAGAAUUGACCAAAGGCAAACCAGAAUUUCACCUUGCCAAAGACUAUGUGUUUCGUGUGUGGAUGCCAGAGGCUAUAAAAGAAGCUCUAAGAGUUGUUAGAAAGGUUCCUGAGAGUGAACUGGAGCUGGCCAUGAACGAAGGCUACAGGGAGACCAAGAUAGAGAGGAAGGCUCGUCGCAUGGACUUCAUGUAGACUGACUUGAUGUACCUAUUUGUUUACUCUUAUAAUUUGACCGGUGAUUGAGUAUAUUUUGUAUCUUUUUGUAAAUAUUGAAUCAGUGACAAGA